AUGCGAGUUCGCAGUGCUUUGUCGUUUGCAACUCACUCAUUUUUCAAGGAUCAUGCAUUUUUUGAUGUGCAAGUACCAACUAUAACAACCACAGACUCCGAAGGAUUUAGCAACAUGUUCCAGGUUACAACUACCGGGAAUCAGAAAGCAGACAAGGAGAAGCUGAGUAUCAUUUAUGAGACUGAAGGUGUUAACCUUGAAACUAUGAAGGAAGCUGUCAAAGAGAAAAGCAAACUAGUUGAAACUUUAAAAAGAAGUGAAAGCAACAAGGAAGCUUUGGCGGCAGCAAUUCAGGAUCUGCAUAAAACUAAUGAACUGGCAUUACAAUUGGAACGAAGAGAAAAGAAAAAAUUUGGAACUUCAUUAAAGCAUGAUAGAGUAGACUCUUCUGAAGAUUUUUUCUCUACCAAAACUUAUUUGACUGUUUCUGGUCGCUUACAUCUCGAGAGUUUCGCAUCUGCUCUUGGUAAUGUGUACUCGUUUGGACCUAGAUUUAAAGCAGAUAAAACAGAUUCUGCAAAACAUGCUGCAGAAAUGUGGAUGGUUGAGGCUGAAAUGGCUUUUGCUGAGUACCUCCCUACUAGCCAAGACACAGCUGAAUUUGCCAACUCUACCUCCAUUUCCUUAGGCAAAACAGCCUUGAGGGAAUAG